GUGCACACAACUUGCCUUUAGGACGUUCACAAUGGCAGCAACGUGUGUCCUGAAAGUCUUUCUUGGACUUGUCCUUUUCGCCUUUCGAACACACUCCAUCAUGUGGGAAGCGGACAUGCCGAGCCUAUUAAAGCAGUGCUAUGAAGAACACACGCGCGGUCUCACCGUCUCAGACAUUGCAAGCCACGACAUACAGAGCUACUGUUUGGGCAGCUACAUCUGGCAGAUACCCCAUAUACAACGUCAAGUCAACAUGACGGAAAGUCAGAUCAACUACAUCAAAUCCGUGUACCGGGAGUAUGAACACAAAAUGUACAGUGCUCGGCGACAAAAAAGGCAAGCUCCCCAGAGGGCCCUUCGUAGGGAACUUCGAGUCCUUAGCGACGCAGAGAGACAGAGGUUCUUUGACGCUCUUAACGCACUUAAAGCAGAUGGGUCUUACGAUGCUUGGGCGAAUGUUCACGCCAAUAUGAUGGUUAUCCGGUCAGGACACGGGGGUCCAAACUUUCUUGGUUUCCACAGAGUCUAUCUACUCUUUUUUGAAUUUGCACUCCAGCGAAUUGACAGCUCUGUUUCUCUCUGCUACUGGGACUCAACAAUGGACAAUGACAUGGCAGAACCACAAGAAACCGCCAUGUUUACCUCACAAUUAGUUGGCAAUGGGAACGGUCCAGUCGUCAAUGGCCCAUUUGCCAACUGGGAAGAAGACGAUGGCCCUCUGACCAGAAACAUAGCUACUGCAAGAUCGUCUCUGAUGGUCAAGACAGCAUUAAACAGAUUUUUUGAAGGAAAUGCCGCUACAACUCAUAGGGACGUCGUUGUUGGGUUCGGAGUUAAUUUAGCCAACACAAUCGAAGGUCAGCACAACAAUGUACACAACUGGGUGGGAGGUACAAUGGCAGAUGCUGUAACAACUGCCUAUGAUCCGGUCUUUAUUUUACAUCAUACAUUUAUUGAUUAUGUUUGGGAAAGGUUUAGGCAGAAAAUAAGACAACAAGGUCAGGAUCCUACAGACUAUCCAUGGCCGAUGCAGAAUACUAAUUGGAAUACCAAUUUUCUUCACUACACAAACAGACCUAUGGACCUUUACGAAAACUUUACAAAUGCCGAUGGUUACAGUGAUAUUUUCACUCAGGACUUUUACCAAUACGAAGAUAUGCCUUCCUGUGCUACCAACUGCGGCAACUCUAGAUUUUUAACUUGUCAAGGAGGGGUAUGUGUUGGGCUUACAGCGAGUGACAUUGGAGAGGACUCUUCAGCCCAAGUCAUGGGUCAAACAGCAUUCUUUGGAAGAGCUGCAGCUGAAAUGGAGGAACGUCCAGUUGUUGCACCGUUCCAAACUUCUUUUGUGGAUCCGAGGACAGGGAAUGGGAAUGGAAAUGGUGGGAAUUUGGCAGCCCCUGCUUCACGAUCUCCGGUGGGUUUCUCACCUUUUCAGUCAUCCAUGAAUGAUCCCAGAACAGGCAAUGGUAAUGGAUGGAAUGGUAUUAGGCAACAGUCAAGAGGUUCGCCAGCUGGGUCUCUCCAAGGCAUGCAAAGGUUCAAUGCCGGCGUUGGUCCAAUGCAGUUAAAUAGAGCCCCUAUUGCGGCAAACCUGAGAAACCCCGCUGGAAUAGGCAUUAGAAACGUUGGAGGUAUGUUCAGAUCAAAUAGCCCGAAUACACUUGCACGAUUUGGCAACUUAGUUGCACCAAAUAACCCAAUAAGACACUUGUGGGACCAAAGUGUACGUCGUAACUCUUUUCAAAGAAGUAAUUUAGCAAGAUCUCAUUUGCAUUCUAGUGGUCUUUUAAACGCAGAUGACAUCCGAAGAAUGGUCCAUCUUCGAGAUCUGCCGAUUCAGAACACAUUUACGAUGGAUGGUGUUUCAGAUGCCCGCCGCUGGGUGUAUUUACCUGUACGUAUUGUGUAUAUGAGACCCCCUGGGCAGUUUUUUGGGUCAAGAAUGGUUUAUAACUCGCAGUUUGUCCGCGCUUCAGACAUGUACGCACCUCAAAUAUACCCUGAGUUCAACAACAUUUCACCAAAAAUAGCACCAGCUACAUACCCGAAUUGUUUGAAAAAUCUUGGCGGUUCAUCAAAGGUGUUUGUGCAAUCUAAUGGAUUUUCUUACAAAGGAAAAUACUUAGAUUAUGCUGUUCUUGAUGAAAGACAGCCAAUUUCAGAAUCGAUUGCCUAUGUUGCUGUAAAAAAUCCCGACCUAGGAGCGGCUCAGUGCUAUUUAACUGCUUUUGAUUCCUGUGGUAGAGUCUGCCAGCCUCGUUGUCUGAUCCCUGGUUCGAACCCUCCGGCCUACCGACCAUGCUCUGGUGUAGUAAAUGUUUCAAACCGCUUGCCUCGAAUGUAUGGGCGGACCUACGGUGAAGCUGUGAAAAGUAGGUGGAGUUUUUCUGAUAAGAACUGUCCUUCAAGUUUCCAAGGGGAAAUAUUUAUGACAUUCUAUUGCGACUAUGAAAACGUCUGGCCAUGGAAAGGUUGCAACGGUGGAACAACUCGAAGAAAGUCAUACGCGGGAUAAUAAAAAAAACUUAUAAAGAGCAAUUCCUUAAAAUUUUAUACAAUAUUUGGUGAAUUUGGUUUUCAGAAAGAAUAAUAAAACUUGUUGAAAAACAUU